UGCGCCAUCACGUUGAUGGCAGGAUCUGCCCCACGUCCCCACGGGGGGGGGGGCACAGACCGGGGUCUGGGCUGCCACCGUAGGGUGGCAAAUGGCCGGUGGGCACAUGGGGCUGAGCGUGGCCGGACACACACACACGGGGUGACACACGUGUCUCCAGUGCCACCCCCUGCCCCCCCCCCCCCCCCCGGCUUGCCCCGAGGGGGCCCUUGGCACCCUCCCGUCCCCGCGGUGCCAGCAACACAUCCCAAAAUAGCCUCGGCGGGGCCAUAUAAGCGGGACGGGUGGGUGGGGGGGGCAGCGGCAACAUGCUGGUGCCGAGUACGGUGGUACGCAGCGGGGGGGCUGCUUUCGGGUGCCCGCCUGGGCUGUCGUGUGCGGGAGGAGGACGUGGGACGUCGCGAGACGUUCAGUGCCGAAUGGCUGGACCUGGAGCUCAGCACCCGGCCUGAGGAUGGGUGGUGCCGGCGGGAGGUGGACGAGCAGCGCCGGGAGACGGUGGAGCAUCGUGGGGAGAUGCGGGUGCUGGAGCAGCGCUCGCCCUGGGGGCUGCUGCGGUUCGGAUUCUUGGGGCAGCCCCUGACCCAGCACCUCCUGCCCUACGCCCGCACCUUGCCCCUACCCCUCUUCGCCCCCCCGGACCUCCGCGGUGCCAAGGCGGGGGUCCCCCGCACCCUCUCCCGCUCCCUCUCCCACGAGGCCCAGCGGGGUUGAGGGUGUCUGUGGGGAUGGGGAAAGGGGGG